CUGCAAGAGAUAGACAACGAUAGAAGUCUCAGACCAGCUGAUCCAGGACCGUGCCAGGAUGCGUGUGGACCUGGUGGUGGUGUGUGUGGCCGCCGUGGCUCUCUCUCUCCCCGCUCUCUCAACCUGUAACCCACUAUAUGUGAUGUCAGCUCCUAAUCUCCUGAGGGUAGGAACUCCAGAAUAUGUGUUUGUGGAAGCCCAGGACUACAAGAAUCAAGAUCAACUAUCAGUAAAAAUAACGAUCAGCAAAUUCUACAGCAAGGAUGUCAUUGUGGAAACAUACGUGACACUUACAAAAUCAGACAACUUCAGAAAAAUUGCAAAAAUCACCAUUCCCCCCACAGGCUUUGACAGUGCUGAAAAAGAAUAUGUAUUACUGAAAGCUACUUUCCCAAACGUGUUGGAUGCGUUGGAGAAAGUGGUUCUCCUGUCUUUUGAAAGUGGAUACAUUUUUCUACAAACAGACAAAACAAUAUACACACCUUCAUCCACUGUUUAUUAUCGGAUCUUUGCCCUCGCUCCAGAUUUCAGGCCAACAGAAACUACUGUCCAAGUGGAUAUUAUGAAUCAAGAUGGGAUUUCAUUAACUCAAGAGACUAUAACCCUGAAAGGUAAAAAGGGAAUGUUAAGUCGAUCCUACACUCUUCCAGAGCUUGUCAGUUUUGGGACCUGGUCCCUCGUGGCAAGAUUCAUUAACACCCCACAGAAACACUUCACUUCACAGUUUGAGAUUAAAGAAUAUGUUCUGCCAAGCUUUGAGAUAACAUUGGCUCCGAGGAAAAACUUUUACUAUGUGGAUGAUGAUAAACUGGAGAUCGAUAUAAAUGCUCGGUAUUUGUUUGGCAAAGAAGUGACAGGAAUGGCUUUUGUGAUGUUUGGAGUAGUGUUGACCGAUGGUCAAAAGAGGAGCCUACCGCUUUCACUUCAGAGAGUUGAGAUCACAGAUGGGGCGGGCAAUGCUACCCUAUGGAGAGAGCACAUUACCAAUGUUUUCCCUGAGAUGGAUGACAUUGUCCAUUCUUCGAUUUAUGUGCAUGUCAGUGUGUUGACAGAAACAGGUAGCGAAAUGGUGGAGGCAGAAAAAAGAGGCAUUAUGAUUGUCACGUCUCCUUACACCAUUCAUUUCAAAAGGACGCCAAGAUAUUUCAAGCGUGGGAUGCCCUUCAGUGUAACAGUCUUUGUAAGCAACCCUGAUGGUUCCCCUGCAGCAGGAAUUGGCGUAGUUUUCGAAAGAGGGAGUGAGAUAAUGAACGUGGUGACAGGUGAUAAUGGCAUCACUGAACAUUCCAUAAACACGGAAGCUAGUGCAACAUCACUGACAAUUACGGCAAAUACCACGGACCCUGACCUGACAUCAUCAAGGCAGGCUUCCCGAACCAUGACAGCGUGGCCAUAUCAAUCUAGCGCUGGGUCCCAAAACUAUCUACACAUUAAAGUUGAUUCAGGACAUGUGCGUCUAGGAGGCCAGAUUGCGGUGAACUUCAAUCUUCGAGUCAAUGCCAUACAGGACCAUGACAUCACUUACCUGAUCGUGAGCAAGGGGCAAAUUGUUGAAUCAAAUGGGAUCACAAGUCAGGGCCAGAGUCUUCUGUCUCUGUACUUAACUGUGACCAAGGACAUGGUCCCCUCCUUCCGCAUCGUGGCGUACUACCACGUGGGUUCUGAGGUGGUGUCUGACUCAGUCUGGGUGGAUGUGGAGAAAACCUGCAUGGGAAAGCUCAAGGUAGAAGUCAUUCCUAAAGAUACGAGAUACAAGCCCAAAGGGAAACUUGGCCUGAAGAUCACUGGAGACCCUGGAGCCAGAGUGGGUCUGGUGGCCGUGGAUAAGGGAAUCUAUGUACUCAACAACAAGCACAGACUCACCCAGAGCAAGAUCUGGGACACUGUUGAGAAUCUCGAUCCUGCCUGCACUGCUGGCAGUGGUAAAGACAGUAUGGGGGUUUUCUAUGAUGCUGGACUGGUAUUUCAGACCAAUGCUGCUGGAGGAACGGCAGUCCGCAAAGAUCCCACCUGUCAGACCCAGGCGAAAAGGAGACGGCGAGCUGUCACUAUAAUGGAGGUCCAGACCACAGCAGCCAAAAAUUAUACCGGAGAGGAGAGGCAGUGUUGCGUUGACGGAAUGAAGAAGAACACACUGGGCUACUCCUGCGAGCGCCGAGCCGAGUUCAUCUUGGACGGCCCAGCGUGUGAAGCGGCCUUCCUGAAGUGCUGCAGGAUAAUGUCUGAACACCGUGAUGAGGAGAGGGAGGACAUCCUCCAGCUGGCUCGCAGUGAUCUUGAGGAGGAGGAUGACCUGAUGGAUGAGUUGAUUGAGGACUUAACAUCACGUUCAAAUUUCCCUGAGAGCUGGCUUUGGAAAGAAGUGUCCUUUGACACAUGUUCAAAAAGAGUCUGUGAGAGGACUGAAACGGUUUUUUUCCCAGACUCCAUAACAUCCUGGCAAUUUACUGCUAUCAGCCUCUCUGACAAUGGUAUUUGUGUGUCAGACACCCUGAGUAUGGAUAUUAAUAUGGACUUUUUCAUUGACUUGAAGUUGCCCUACUCUGCUGUGAGACAUGAGCAGAUUGAGAUCAGGGCCAUCAUUCACAACCAGUUGCAAGAAUCCAUGGAUGUACGAGUAGAAUGGUACAGUGUUAAAGGCGUGUGCAGUGUUGCCUCCGUAUCUGGGAAGAGCAGGACCACAGUACAUGUGGAUGAGAGGUCGACCUUUGCAGUGCCUUUUGUGAUUGUGCCCAUUGGUGAGCCAGGCAAAUAUACCAUUGAGGUUAAAGCAAUAGCAAUGGUGUCUGGUGCAUAUCUUGCUGAUGGAAUCAAGAAGAACUUGCUGGUAGUGCCUGAAGGUGUUCGUAAAACAAUUUCAGAAACAAUUGUGUUGGACCCUUCCACCAAUGGUGGAAGCCAGACAAGGAAAAUCUCUGCUAUAGGGUCAAAACAGAAACUACCUGACAGCCCGUCAAAUACAUACAUCACAGCUCAAGGUGAUGACUUGGGUGUUACCAUUGAGAAGGCCAUCAGUGGAGAAUUCAUGGUGGACUUAAUCCGACAGCCAUCUGGGUGUUCUGAACAGAAUAUGGCUCGCACAACCAUGCCCGUCAUUGCAGUCCAUUACCUGGACAAAACCAAGCAGUGGGACAAAGUGGGUUUUGAUCAACGUGAAACAGCUGUCAAGUUCAUUAAACAAGGCAAGACUUACAUUAACACUCCUUUUUGA